UUGAGUUGACAUUCAAGGCACGAAAGGAGGGAGGGAGGGAGAGCGCAACACGGCAGACGCUACUAGCACACCAAGCAGUGCGGCGGCGGCAGCGGCGGCCCCGGGUCAGGACGACGCGAUGGCUUCCGCGAGUGUUGUGGGCCAACACCCGGUGGCCGCGGAACCGCUGCUGCGGGUCUUUAAAACGGCCGCCGGCAGGAAGAAAAUCACCCUUCCGAGGAAGUCCUCCUGGGAGAAAAUGAUGUUGAGAAGAUGCGGUUCCGUCACCGCUCCGAGUCCGAACCGAGCCGAGACAUGCCAUUUAAAGGACGAUAGGACAGCCGCCGGCGGGUGCCGAGGAACAUCGUCGUCGUCGCCGCCGCCGCCGCCACGUAGCCCGGAGCGCUCCGAAUGCUGCUCCCCCGCGGAGAGAACGGACUGCUGCGGGGAGGCUGCGCCCCCGAGUCUCCCCGUCCGCGUCAACGUCAAAGACUGCUUUCUCGGCUCGGUUCCUGGGGGGCUCCCUCUGGAGCGUCUCACGCAGGGCAGGACCGGAGUGGUCAAGCUCGCCCGCACCGAGCCUCCCCGCCGGGAGGCCUGGGCCAUCUUCCCGCCAGGCACCGCCGACAAGGGAGAGGGACACAGGUUCGAAGCCAAGGCCGUUACGCAGGACUGGUGCGACGCUUGCAGCCGCCAAAUCAGCGCGCGGGCCCUGGAGUGUCAAAACUGCUCCUACACCUGUCAUUUGGAGUGCGAAAGAAACGUCCAGCUCGACUGCAACCGAAGGGACGAUAAGCUUCGAGAAACUCACUUUCCCAGAAGCAACUGCUCCACCACCGAAGACAAAAAGCAUGAAACAAAGGAGGAGGAGGAGGGGGAUGCAAAGGAUGUAAAAGACCUACCAGAAGAAGAGGUGCGCACCAGGAUAGAGGAAUAUAACUCCAGGGUGUCCGAAAAUGGCAUGAAACUGGCUUCAGACGGCUCCUACACAGGUUUCAUCAAAGUCCACCUGAGGCUCAGUCGACCCGUCACGGUGCCGGCCGUGGAGGCGGCGGGAGCUUCCGACGGAGCGCCGUCAGAGGGCCGAGACUGCGGGCAAAGCGAGGACAGAAUUUCCUUCUACCUCCCGUGCGACUGCGUCAAACAACUACACAUCAGCUCCGCGACCACCACCAGAGAGGUGAUCCAGGGCUUGCUUAAGAAGUUCAUGGUGUUGGACAACCCCCGCAAGUUUGCCUUGUAUAGACAGACGCACCGUGACGGACAAGAUUUGUUCCAGAAACUUUCACUGUGUGAGCGUCCUCUUCUUCUUCGACUGAUCACGGGGCCUGACCCCAAGCAGCUCAGUUUUGUCCUCAAGGAAAAUGAAACUGGAGAAGUGGAGUGGCACGCCUUCUCUGUCCCGGAGCUCCAAAACUUCCUGGUUAUUCUGGACAAGGAAGAGGCGGAGCGUGUGCGAGCGGUGGAGUCGAAAUAUACAGUGUACAGACGCAAAUUACAGCAAGCUCUACAGCAACUUGACCCCUGACCUGACCCUCACCUGGUACCAUGUGACCUCAAAGCAGGGAGAGAGUGAACACUGAAAAAGCACCCCUUCAAAGAGCCUGGCUGUAAUCAUCUCCGCUUGUAUGUACACACACUGCCUAUCUCAGGACACAUCAACUCAUCUUCAAGCAGCUCCAGAGACUUUAGGGGUGUUGGGAAUUUAGCAACAACCCAGCUGGGACUGCAAGCUGUUCCACUGCAUUUAAAAUGACCCUUUCUCCCUUUUCUGCUGCUGCUACUGCAAAGUGUUACUUAUGCAUGAAUUUCUCUCAGAUCACCCAUACCCUUACCGUAUAUACUCGCGUAUUGGUUGCAAUUUUUUGUACCUGAAAUUUUGGCUCAAAAAAUGCAGGUGCGACCUAAACACCCGAUCUGCUGUUCUCGCUCUGACCAUUGCCCAGUUUAGACCGUCAUAAAACUGAAAAAGCCUACAAGUUAGCAUUAGCUACGCUAACUGUACAGACAAGUUACUCUCCAUAAUCGACAAAUGUCUAAAAUGAAAAAAAUACAACAAGAAAAAUGUGCGCUAUAAAGUAGACAAACAGUACUCACAGGGACUAACAUCAUGGCUGAUCCAAGUGACUUUAACAGGGUGCUCAAGGAGUGUGCAAAAAGAGGGAUUUGAGGACUUCCAUCCAUGAUGAUGAGUAAGAGUUACCGAAAGACUUAAGAUACAAAAACUAGAAACUUAAUAUCUUUACCACAUCGGCAUUGUUUUUAUGGCUGCAGCUAUCGAUUAUUUAGUUCAUCGAUUAAUCUAUUUUACAGUUAGUUGGAAUAAUCGAAUUACAAUCAUUUAAUGCGUUGCGGUUGCAGAAUAAGUUUAAGGAAAAAAGUGCUUAUGUCUGCAAUAACAUUUGUUUUGGCUUGAUUGCACUUUCAACAGAGCAUUUAAAUGUGAAUGUCAAAUACCUAUACAGCGCAUUUAUCUACAUGGUUACCGAGCCCAAAGCGCUUUACAUUAGCACACAUACCAAUGGUCCUGCUGCCAACCCACUGGGGGCAAGUUAGGGUAUUGUGCCUUGCUGAAGGGCACUUCGACAAUGGGCAGUCACAGCCGGGAAUUGAACCCCUGACCCUUCGGUCCCAGGACAACUUGAGUUACCAACUGCGCCACAGCCGCCCAAAUGACAAAAUACAUACAUGAGUCUUUCUUCAAACUAGGGCUGGGCGAUAUUGCCUUAAGUAGGUAUCACGGUAAAUUGAGCAGCUUUACCUCGUUAACGAUAAAUGACGAUAAAUUCGCCCGAGUGAACUGUUAUAUAAUUUGAAAAUCUGAAUCGAUGCAUGAAAUACAAAUGAACCGUUUCUCGUUGAUUUAUUUACAAGCUUUCAAUUUAACAUAUUUAACAAUUGUACGUGCAGUCUAAACAUUACGUAUAUAAAAUUUCUUGUAAACAAUAGGAAUUCAAGUAUGAACAUUUAUAACAGCUUGUAUGACUUGAACAAUGUACAACAUUAUAAAAAUACGACGACUGUGCAAACAUGUCAUCGUAACACAAAUGACUUACAGCUUGAACGGUGCACUUCAAACAGACAACUUAUGGUUAAUGGCUGCUGUGACGUAAUUACUCAACACACGUAUUUACUUCAAGGUUUCAGGGUUUUUUUCCCCAGAACAUUUUUUAAAUACCUGCAAGCACACAUGCGCCCCACAUACCGACACUCACACACAUUAAAGCUACAUUGCUCUUAUGCUGAUGAAACAUUUAAGAUUUUGUGAUGGCAGUAAUGACACGGAAUAAAGCAAGCACAUACAGAAAAAUAGCGGUGGCCAUUGAACUGUCACAUUAUAGGCUUCACUGUUGGGUUAUAAUUUAGGCUGAAUGCUUUACCAUCAUAAAACCUAUCAAAGAAAUCACACAAACACACACACAGAGAUACAAAAUGACGCAACAUAAUAAUUGCUAGAUGCAGUCAGUGCCCAAUCCACUCAUUAGCUUCAGCCGUUUCGACAAAGUUAGAGUCGCUACCCGACUCCGUCACAUUCAUUUGUAGCGUUAGCCGCUAGCAUUAGCCUGUGGCCUCGCUACCAGUAGAAAGCACCCUCUCCUAAAAUCGUGAGAACCAGGGAGGAAUGCUGGCGAAAGCCCGUCUGGAGGCCACCGAAAGGCUACUUAAGGUCGAGUGAAAGUUUGGCGAAGCUCCCUUAAGCCCGACUCCCAUCACAUUCGCUUGUAGCGUUAGCCUACCGGGCUUCUGUUUGUUGACUUCCUGAUAACCACGUGACUUCAUACGUAAGCACACCGACUGCUUUCUUAAAGGGGAAUGAACAUAGCCGGACAACACAGAGUCAAAGCAGGAUGAAAAGACUACAUUUUCUUAUUUUAAUUACCGAAUUUAUCGUGACGAAUUUUGGUAACGGUAAAUUUUCGGUUUACCGCACGGCUCUACUUCAAACUAUUCAGAAUUGCGCUUUCAUUUCACAAGAGGUUAAAACGGUAUAAAGAAUAAAUAUAUGAAGUUGUAAGUCCAACAAAGAAAAAAAAAAACUAUUGGCUAACGUGCAGCAAAUGUCCGCAAGCUUAAAUGCUCUAAAUGUUUUUUUUGUUUGUUUUUUACACAAUGCUCUCAACAUAUUUCCACAAAAAGCUGCUAAAUAGACUAAAUUACAAAAUGCAUAAACACGCACUUACAAGUACAAGUGUCCUGAGAUAGCAACUGGAGUGAUGUCAUAUUCACUGUUGCCACUAGAGGGCAAUGUAUCCACCCAAAUCAAUAAAACUUGGUGGAAAAAUUUCCAAACAAACCAUUAUAACGCCACUCAAAUGAAAUGAACUCUCGAAGCAGCAAAAUUUCAUUUGAAGCUUUUUUCUAAUCGCAUUAAUUUUUACUAUGUAUGUAAAUUGUUACUAAAUAAAAAUACAGUCAAUGAAUUUUAAUGUCAUAUUGGUAUCCAAAAUUGGCCCAAAAAUCUCCCAUACGGUGGUGCGACCUAAAUGAGGCUCAACAUAAAAUACCUACUUUUUAAAUCAUAAACUAAGGGUGCGACCUAUACGCCAGUCUAUACGGUAUUCCUUACAACAAUUAGAAUGAUAUAUAGAAGGCAUGAUUACCUUUGUAGCAUCUCUUUGGAACGAAAAGACAAUCAUGCCCAGCGUGUUUUUUUCUUUCAUUGAAAUGUUGGCUUGAAGUGCAAGAUUCAUUUUGUUGCUUGAAUAGAAGAUGUUAGAAAGGGGGGGAACGAGGAACAAAGCUUUAAUAACAAAUCUACUAAAUCCUCGCGUUGUGGACGAACACUUGAGCGAGUCGGUAAGGAGAGAGACCCUUUCAAUGGCGAAUGUCUGAGCUCUGCUAACGAAGCCAUUUUGUGACUCACUGUUUGCGUGUAUUUGAUGAUGAUUGCGCCAAACUCAGAGGAGCACAUCCAGCAUGGUGACUUGAAAACACAUUUGUUCAACGGAGAAGUGGCGGCGACGGGCCACAGCAUUCAUAAUGGAGACUCCCUGUAUCAAAGUUUCAAAUGUUAUAUAUUUUUUUAUGGUGGUUUUGGUUUGCACUAUCUUGCAUCAUAAUCACGGUUAUCUUUAAUUACACUGGUCUACAAAAUUUUGGAAAAUAUUUGCUUAAGAGAUAAAAAUGGCUAAAUGCUUGUUGCUGUGGUGACAUGACAUGGAUUGGAAAAUGAAAACAUUUAGUCCUGGUUGGCUAAAGUAUUCAAGAUAUUUCAAGUUAAAAGUUUGAUUACAUUGGUGUUAAUAUAUAAUAUGCGUUUUACAAGUUGCAGUAUAUGAAUGACAUGGGAUGGAUAUGUCACCGCUUAUGAAUGUGUCUACAUGAAUGCAGUGGCGCGGGAAGUGAGGGGCUGCAGCACCCUCUGGUGUUGGGGAGAAAAAAGUGUUUUAGUAGAUUCUUUUUUUUUCUUUUUGUUAAAAGUAAAUAAAUAAAACAACGGGCACUUUUGUGUCCUAUAGAAAAACUCAAACACACACUAUAGAGGAAGUCUGUGUAAACUAUCUAGCAUGCGUGCGCAUUGCACACGCCUUGUUUGGAGAAAAAGCACGAGCAUGACAAAUCUGGGCUGAAACGGCUGUUUUUGGAUGAGGAAAAUUCGAACUGGAUCCUCAGUGCCCACUGCUGUGAGUGACUUCCAGCGCCCCUCCAUGAAUGCACUUCCAACAGCAGGAUUUAUGCAAUACAUUGAAAACCGCAUAUAAUGUUAAAGCUUAGUUAUCUUCUGAAAUGGUAGACCAUUCUUUUAGGUGGAUCUGUUUACCCAGAAAUAACCUUUCCCAUUUCAAUGAAUUGGAUUUGAACAUUUGGGCCACAUCUUCUAGCUCAAAAACUAGAGUCAAUUGACCUCAUUUUCUUUUCAAAUGCAGUCAAGUCUCACUUUUACCCAGGAAGCAUUUGGCUUGUAGACCAGUGUUACAAAUGAUUGGAUCUCAAGUCAAAAACACAGGAGGGCCGAGAACCAAAAGUAGUAUUUGUCAUGUGGCAAAAUGGAUUUUGCUGUGUGACAUUUUUUUUUGCCAUGUGGCAAAUUUUGCCAUGUGGCAUUUUUUUUUUUUAUUUAUUCAUUUUUUUUGUUUAAUUUUUUUUUGCCACAUGGCAUUUUUUUUUUUUUUUGCCAUUUGGCAAAAAUGAUUUUGCCAUGUGGCAUUUCUUUCAUGUGUGGAAAAAUGGAUUUUGGUAUGUGGCAUUUUGGGGGGCAGGGGGUACGUGGCAUAUUUUUUUUGUAUGUGGCAAAAUGGAUUUUGGUAUGUCACAUUUUUUUGGGGGGGUAUGUGGCAUUUUUUUGUGGUAUAUGGCAGUUUUGAAGGUUAUGCACGUUCAUGCCAUUGAUGGCUAUGCACGUCCAAAUUUUCCAUUCAUUUUAAAUGGUUGAAAAACAUGUGGCUGAGAUUUUUGACCAUACACUUUACAUUAAAGCGCAUUGACAUUCAACUGACAACAAAGACAGGCUUUGCUGCCAUUGAUGGCUAUGCACAUCCAAAUUUUCCAUUCAUAUUAAAUGGCGGAAAAACGUGUGGCUAUGAUUUUUAACAUCCACUUGAAUGCCACAUGGCAAAACAAAAAUGUCACAUGGCAAAAUCAGUUUUGCCACAUGGCAAAAAAAAUGCCACAUGGCAAAUACCACUUUUGGUUCUCUCUGUCUCUCCAAAAACAUGAGGCACCAUACGAGUCAACAAUGUCCUCCUGUAUUUGUGUAUUCAAGAGGAGACUUGGAACAGCAAGGAGAUAGACCACUUCAGUAGAGUAAAAAAUACUAAUAAUAAUACUAAUUAGCAAGUGCUAACAGAUUAGCACAUGGGUGAUUCUUAUGCAGGCUACGCGUUACGGUAAUGAAGGACAUUUACCAAAGCUAGCUUCAAAUUGUGGAAUGCGAUGAUGAUUUUUCAUCAACAGUUUGAGCUCCCUAAUAUUUUAUUGACAGUAUAUCUCAUUGAAUCAUGAAUAAAGCCAUGUCAUGAUACACAUGAGGUGAAAACAUGAAAGCUUGUCAAGCUGUUGAAUUUACGACUCUGAAAUCACUUUUUAAAAAAUGUUAUUUUGGUAACAAAUGGUGGCGCGGGCCACAUAAUACUGUUGUCAUAACCAUCUUUCAACUAACAACGAGCUAUUUAAGGUUUUCGUGACUAAAUCCUGAAAAUCUUCGGUUAGCCUCAUGAGACUCACCCACAUGGUUACAUGUUACAUAUCCUCUAAUAUUCAAAGCUUCUAUGAGUGAAAAUAGGUCUCAAAAUGACUCAAAUGUUGUGUUCGCUCAGUUUGUCACUUAUCUGCUGAUGAAUUCCAUAUGAAAAAUCAUUGUGAAGUGUACCAAUGAUGGGUUUGGGACGCACACGAGAAGUAGACACUGGAAAAUGGUUUGUUGUUAUGAUGAAUAUUGUUCCUUCAGCAUCGUUUUGUCUGUGUGUAGAGCGAAAUCAUGGGAAAACUGUACUGUAUUCUUUCUUUCACAUACAUAUGAGGCCUCACCGAUGAUGGAAAAGAUGCACGAUUCCCAUCUUAAGUUGCAUGGAUGAUUUGAAUGAAUCCUUAAACUAAACAACUCCAGUGAAUUGAAUGAAUCAUUUUUAUUCAUUUUAACCAAAGACUAAUCCAUUUUCACAUCAUUCUGUCAAGCCUGUUUCAAUAUAGCGGAUGAGACCGCAGAAGGAUGAUUCUCAUGAAAGCUAUGCAUUACGGCUCAAUUAUUUUCUGUUACGCCCCCCUCAGGAAGACGCAAACGUUUCGCGCCACACCUCCCAACUCUUUGUCGCCACUGUAAGUACCAUCAUUAUUACAUUAUAUUGUGUCCUUUUUAAUAAUAAAGAGAAAAAAGUAAUAUAGAUCAACUUACAAUCAAGUAUAACUUUAUUAACAUUGUUUUGUUUGUAACAGGCAAGACUUAAAGUGCAUCAAUUUGCCUAAAUAUAAAAAAAAAAAUACACACACACACACACACAAACUGUAAAAAAAAAAACACUCAAGGUACAUUAUUUGACCAUUUGAUACUGAAAAAUAACAUUUAAUAAAAUCAAUAAAUAAUGAUAAAUUCAAAUAUAUUAGCAAAAUUAACUCAAUAUGCCAAACAAUUUGACUGAAAAAACAAAAAUUAAUAGAAAAGUAAAUAUAUAUAUAAAUAUAUAUAUAUAGAUUUUUUUUUUUUUUUUUCUGCAGGCAGUAUUCAAUUCAAUUCAAUUCAAUUUUAUUUGUAUAGCCCUCAAUCACAACAGAGGUCUCAAAGGACUUUACAGAGGCAAUAUGAUACACAAUUAGAAAUGAAGCAACAAAGAUGAAUAGAUACAGUUCAAGUCCUGGGUAUCCCCUAUCCUUAAGACCCUCCAUGCCGGCAAGGAAAAACUCCAAAAACUCCAGAGUCAAUUGGGAGAAAAAUGAGAAACCUUGGGGAGUACCACAGUCAGGAGAGAUCCACUCCCAGGACGGAUAGACAGGAACCCCAGAACGGCUAAUGGAAAUUAGCAAGCGAAAUUAUAGUCCGUAAAAAUCCAGUGGAGUAAAGGAGCAAGAAGAGGUCCCUCUAGUCAGAUGAGACGGAGGUAGCAGCGAGGACGUCUAUCCAGCCAGGGGUCCGGACAGUCAGGAGGCUGCAGCUGAAAAAUAGCCCCUCCCCAGAGGGGAGGGGGGAAAGGGGACACCGGGUGACUAGUGAUGAAGAGACUAGACAACUAGAUAUUAACAUUGGAAAAUAGAAAUAAAGUAAGACAAGUGGUAGGUAGAGUAAGAAAAGGAGAUAGAACUCAGCGGCUGUACUGCCCCCCAGCAUUAUAGCUUCUAGUGCAACUUAAACUAUGAGUCUAUUCCGACUUCAACUAGCCUAACUAUAAGCUUUGUCGAAUAGGAACGUUUUUAAUCUAAUCUUAAAUGUGCAAACUGUCUCGGCUUCUUUAAUACUAGCUGGAAGCUGAUUCCAUAAAACAGGGGCUUGGUGGCUAAAGGCUCUAGCUCCGACAGUACUUUUAUGAACCCUGGGAACUACCAGUAGACCUGCAUUCUGAGAUCGGAGUGUUCUGUUGGGGCGGUAUGGAACCAGAGCAUCGGUGAGAUAAGAUGGCCCCAACCCAUUAAUGGUCUUAAAUGUAAGAAGGAGGAUUUUAAAUUUAAUUCUAAACUCGACUGGAAGCCAGUGAAGUGCCUGGAGCACAGGGGUGAUGUGCUCUCUUCUAUUGGUUCCUGUUAAAAGUCUUGCUGCUGCGUUUUGGACUAGCUGAAGACCUUUUAGAGAGCUUUUAGGACAAGCUGCAAGUAGGGAGUUACAGUAAUCCAAUCUCGAUGUAACGAACGCGUGAAUUAAUUUUUCUGCAUCGCUUUUAGAUAAAAUAUUUCUAAUUUUGGCGAUGUUGCGCAGGUGAAAGAAAGCCGUUCUACAGGUUUGUUUAAUGUGUGCUUUAAACGAUAAGUCAGGGUCAAAUAGAAUUCCUAGGUUUUUAACUGUGGCGCUGGAGGCUACACUUACAUUGUCCAGAGCGACUAUCUGGGCAGAUAAAGAGUCUCUAACACUUUUCGAGCCUAUUAUAAGGACUUCUGUCUUUUCAGGGUUAAGUAGAAGAUAGUUAGUGCUCAUCCAGGUAUUUAUAUCUCGGACGCAGGCGCUUAGUUUUUCUACUUGCCUGACCUGCUCAGGUUUAAUUGAUAAAUACAGUUGUGUGUCGUCAGCGUAACAAUGAAAGUUAAUGCUAUGUUUUCUGAUGAUGUUACCUAGAGGAAGCAUAUACAGCGUAAACAAGAUGGGCCCGAGGACAGAUCCUUGCGGCACACCAUAACUAACUCUAGAGUACGAUGAUGAUUGCUGGUUUACAUUGAUCAGGUCCUUUGCUAUGGUGUGGGGUUAUUUUGCACUGAGCAACUUGGUAUGCCACCUUAUAUGAUGUAUAUUGUAGUUUUUUUGUUUGUUUGUUUUUUUAAACAUGCAAAAUGCUAUUUUUGUAACAAAUCGUGGAGUGGGCCACAUAAUAGACAUGUUGCAAUUAAAAAUGGUUCUAUCUCUAAAAUCUUCAAAGACAUAGUUUAACUUGGCUUCAUGAGAAUCAGCCAGUAGCACUUUGUUCACCUGAUAUGAGAGUAUGAAAUGGACAACAACUUGAACACACUCAAGACUCCGGAUUAAACCAUUGCAGAUGACCAUAACCCAAUUGUUACAGUACAAUGCUUCCCCAAUUAAUAUUUUGACUUGUUUAAAGUGAUGGGCAAUUUUACCAACGAUACGCUUCUCCAUUAACAUCUCAGAGCAACCCGCAGGCAGUGCCUUUUGUUUCCUGUGUAUGUCCGUGUCACUGUACAUGUGUCCAAUGGGCGGAUGGCGUGUCCUCCCAUACACAGGUGCCUCUGUGUUUGUAUGUCUACAAAUACAUUUUUGUUUUUAUUUUGAGGACUUUUCCUUCAUCUACACUGUUUUUAAACCUAUUCGUCAUUCCAACAAACCGUAUGUUAGUGUGUCUGGCUGUUACAUAUGUCAUUACUGUAAAUGUUAUGCUUUUUUUUUUUUUUUUUUGCAACUUAUUUUGACUUGAACAAGUGUGUGAUCGUGAUAUCAAUAGAGAUGUACAGACUAUCAGACUUCAAUAAAACAAAACAAGAUUAUCA